AUUCAAAUGUUGGCCCUACAUGUUUAGCAAGAACAGUGUGUUGGUGAACAGGGAGCUGGGCAGUCUUCACUGUGAUGCCAAUCCCAAUGUAUUCAGCAUUCCUGGUUGAUGGAAACAUGACAUUUUCCCACCACACAAUUCAUUUCUAGUGGAAUAUCAGGCUUGUCGGUUUCAGUUUCGAUUUGCCAUUUCAGACAAUAAUCCGUAGAUCUCAGCCCAGCCCACUGACUAUAAAAGUAACCAGAGAGCUGGAUCGUGUCCACUCGCUCUCUACUGAGAUCUGAGGCACAGCGGGAAUCGCCAACAAGCAUCAUGAGCAGCAGAAUGGGAGAUUUGUUGAAAGAGAAGCUCGAUCAGCUUCAGUGUCACUUCACGUGGGGCCCACAGAAGGAGGCCAUUGACCUGGAGGAUAUGAUGUACAGAUUACAAGAUGCCAUAAUCUUUGCAAAUAAAUAUCAAGCCGCAUCCUACAACCAACUCGCUUUUGUAAACUGCUUGCAAGGCAACAGUGAGGAAGCUAUUCAAAACUUAAAGGAAGCUGAAAGGAUUCUGAGGGAGAAUCACAAAGAUGCAUUUGAAAGACACAGCAUCGUCACCUAUGGAAACUUUGCCUGGGUGCAUUACCACAUGGGACAACUGGCCAAGGCCCAGUCCUACCUCGACAAACUGGAGAUGAUCUGUAAACCGCUCACAGAUGGUCCUCGCUACACAGCAAUGAUACCUGAAGUGUAUGGGGAGAAGGGGUGGUCAUUGUUGAGUUCUGCAGCUGAAUAUUAUGAGGAGGCUAUGAAAUGUUUUGAGGAAGCUCUGGAGGUAGAUCCCAAUAACACGGAGUGGAUCAUGGGCAAAGCAACUGUUCUGUUUCGUCUGGAAGCUUUUUCUGGAACCCCAGAGAGUCAUGAACGGAGUCAGUCAGUGAAGUAUCUGCGGCGUGUACUGGAGCUAGAUCCAGAUGAUUCAAUGGCCAUGGUGCUGCUGGCCUUAAAAUUGAUAGAACUCAAUGGAUGGGAAGAAGCAAAUAAAUUAGUUGAGCAAGCAUUGCAGAAGCCCAGUAAGGAUCCAUAUGUGCUUCGCUAUUCGGCAAAAUUUUACAGAGGGAAAGGAGCAGUGGAGAAAGCAGUCAAUCUAUUGAAGCAAGCAUUAGAAUUAACUCCACACUCAUGCUUCUUGCACCACCAAAUUGGAAUGUGUUAUAGAAGGAAACUUGGUAAUAUAAAUUCUCGCAGGCCCGCAACUCAGCAGCAAACUGAGUUGAUCCGUCAAUGUAAAUAUCACUUUGGAAAAGCCUCUGAGUGCCGUCCAAGGUCAGCAGUUAGACCAUUGCUGGACUUUGCAGAUAUUUACAUAAAAAGUGGAGAGUAUUCUAAGGCAGAGGAGAUCUACAAUAAUCUGGUGAAAUUGGAGGGCAUCCGUCCAGAAAACAUACAACAGAUAUGUUUAGGGGCUGGGUCAUUUGAACUGUAUCAGAAAGGCUCGGAAGCAAGUGCCAUCAGCCUAUUUGUGAAAGGAAUGAAGGUUGAAUAUGAAUCAAGAGAACGGAAAAUGUGUAAGGAAAAAUUGGAGAUGUGGGCAGAUAAAAAACUUCGCUAUGCUCCACGUGACAGCAGAGCUCUUGGUGUGAGAGGGUUACUGUAUCAGCUGGCUGGGAACAAGUCCAGGGCUAUUGAAUACUUUGAAAUGGCCUUGGAGAUUGAUCAUGAGAAUGAAGAAUAUCUGUGUGCUCUUUUAGAAUUACGUCUUAAUCAUUGAGGACCACAAGGAUAAUAUGCACCGAUUUCAUCUGAUUGAAGGAUAAGUUUGGUGAUGUGUGUGUUUUACUAAUUAUAUUCUGAUAGCAUCUUCUUCGAAUGAUGGCUUUACUUAUGAGUGUGAAGUUUUCAAAAAUGAUCUUGUGCUGCAUUUAAACAUUUUUUUUUAAUUAUUCUUCUUUUAAAAAUAAUAACACCUCAUGCACACCAAUCAAAUGGAAUUUAGUUAUGUAAGUGUGGAAUUUGUGUUUAUUGUGGAAAGAUGGGAAUUGGUAAAUGGCAGCACCAGGAACCAGAUAUCGUUGAGGAUCCUGGCAAGUUUCCUCAUCUGAGUCUUUCACCUUAAUCAUUUUACUCUUUAUUUUUUCUUGUUUCUCAAUGCACAAUUAUAACUUUGGAAUGAUUUAAUUUUCAGGAUUAUUAUAAGAUGUCCUAAAUUGACAUGUCUAUUAAUUAAAGCUUCAAAGCAGAGAUUGGUUCUGCCACAACCAAAUCGAAGGGACACAAACAACAGAUCCUUAAAGUGUGCAUCCUACUGCUGGGGGUGUUGGAGGAAAGGCUGGGGAGGGGGUCUGUUGGGGGGAGGGGAGGGUACCAGGAUAGUUAAUGGAAUUUCAAGAGAUGAUAUUAUUGACAAAGGAAAGAUUCAAGUUUACAUUAUCAGGCAUAAUAAUUAAUAAUCAAGGACAAUGUAGUUACCAAACUCUAAUCCAUUUUUUAGAAUAGCAUAGAAUAGUUUCUUUAUUGUCAUUGUAACUUGAACCAUGUACAAUGAAAUUUAAAAAUGUCAGCCAGUCAGUGCACCAUUCAAACAUUUCUAAAAGCUAACGAUACAUACAAGGUAAAAUAUUAAAAGAUAAACAACUAAAUAAAUAUCAUGAAAAUAGCACGCAUAAACACCCAACCCUCCAUCCUUCGAUUUCACAGUGUACCACAGUCCCUUAGUAUGUCUCGCCCCUGCGUUCCUUGGCGGCUACAUUUAGUGCUUUUAUAGCAGUGGGGUAAAAACUGUUUUUUAGUCUGUUUGUCCUUGUCCUUGUAGAUCUGUACCGUCUGCCUGACGGCAACAGUUCAAACAGGGAGUGUCCGGGGUGGGAAAUGUCCUUUAUGAUACUCUGGGAUUUUUUUGGUGCAGCGGGAACUGUGUAAGUCCUCCAAGGUAAGGAGAGGGCAGCCGACAAUCCUCUGGGCGUUGUCAAUGGCCCUCUGGAGCGCUUUCCUCUGAGCCGCUGUGCGGCUGGUGUACCACACGCAUACACAGUAUGUUAGUAUGCUCUCAAUGGAGCACCGAUAAAAGGACAGCAGCAGUCUCUGAGUGAUGUUGUUCUUCCUGAGCACCCUCAGGAAGUGCAGUCUCUGCUGGACCUUUUUCAGCAACGCAGUGGUGUUCACGCUCCACGUCAGGUCCUCCUCAAAUACUAAUGGAUUCGUAAUGGAGCCAGAAAUUGGAAGUAUUUCAUGGAAAGAUGAACCCUUCCAUGUGGCCAUCCCCAACAGUGUUGAUAUAGCCAGGUGGCAUUCCUGUAAUACUUUGUACUAUAAUGACUAUAAUACUUUAUACUCUGUAACUUUGGCCAGAAACAUGGCGACUCUUUGUGUACUUUGUGUAUUUUAUGCAAAAUAAAGAAUUUCACUGCAUCCAAGUACGUGUGACAAUAAAGUAUCAUUGCAUUAUUGAAUUGUUCAACCCUCUGUGUAAAAAAACGUGCCCCGCAUAUCUACAUUAUACUUUACCCCAUCACCUAAAAACUGUGCCCUUUUAUGUUGGACAUUUCCAAAAAGAUUCUGACUCUGUCCUAACUAUGCCUCUCAUAAGUAUAUAUUUUUCUAUCCUCUCAUCCUCCAAUGUUCCAGAGAAAACAAUCCAAGUCUAUCCAACCACUCCCUGUAGAUGAAACCCUCUAAUCCAGGCAGCAUUCUGGUAAACCUCUGUACUCUUGCUAAAGCAUCCA